UGCGCUGCUGCUAGCUCGUAUAUGUCUUAGCCCUCCCGAGGCCGAAAAGGCCGGGAAGCAGUAAGCUUCGCUCUCCCGCAAGCGGCUCCCCGCCCCAACCCGAAAUUCCUUUGCUCCGUCCAGGCACGCUGGUGAGAUUCAGGAUUGUCACUUCCUUGGCCGCGAGAAGGGCCCAAACGAAACGCGAGACCAUGGCAUCGCCUGUGGGAAGGGGCAAGUCCCCGUCCACUUCGCCCAAGGGCCAGCAGACAUGGUCGGCAUCCGCGUCCGGGUCGCCGCGGCAUUCGCCGUCUCAGUCUGCCGGGCCCGCGACGGCUGGGACUCCGCUGGCCGGGCUGGUGCAUGGCGAUGCGGACAAUCCCGUGCCCGUCCAAGUCGAUACCGACGCGUAUCCCGACAACCCGGCCGACGCCGACUCGACAUACGGCUCCGACCAGGACUCGGCCUACACCGGCUCCGUCACGUCCUCCAUCUACAACUACCGGUACGAAAACGGGCGCCGCUACCACGCCUACCGCGAGGGCCAGUACGUGCUCCCCAACGACACGCAGGAGCAGGAGCGCCUGGACCUGCAGCACCACAUCUGGCGCCUCCUCAUCGGCGGCCGCCUCUUCACGGCGCCGCUCCCUCCGCCCGACGACGGCGACGCCGCCGCGCUGCGCAUCCUCGACCUCGGCACCGGCACCGGCAUCUGGGCCAUCGACAUGGCCGACGAGUACCCCUCGGCCUCGGUCUUCGGCGUCGACCUGUCGCCCAUCCAGCCCGAGUGGGUGCCCAACAACUGCCGCUUCCACGUCGACGACUACGAGGACCAGUGGACGUACACCGAGGACGAGAAGUUUGACUACAUCCACGGGCGCGCGCUCAGCGGCACGUCGGCCGACUGGCCGCGCUUCUACCGGCAGGUCAUGCACAACCUGAAGCCCGGGGGCUGGCUCGAGAUGCAGGAGUAUGAUGCGUGGAUCUUCAGCGACGACGACAGCUGCGACCGCGCCCCGUGGACGAUGGAGUGGGUUGACAAGCUGGAUGCCGCGAGCAGGUUGUACGGCAAGCAGAUCAACGUGGCGAGAUUCCAGAAGCAGUGGAUCAUUGAAGCCGGCUUUGAGGAUGUCGAGGAGAGGGUAUACAGGAUACCCAUCGGCCCAUGGGCAAAGGACCCUACGCUCAAGGAGCUCGGCAAGUAUGAGCAGACGCACAUGCAAAUGUCGGUCGACUCGCACACGCCCGCCCUCUUCACCCGGGUGCUCAACUACUCCAAGGACCAGGCGGACGUGCUGAUGGAGGGCGUCAAGCGGGAGUUUCGGAGCCGCGACCUGCGGCUGAUUACCUCGUACCGGUUCAUCAUUGGGAGGAAGCCUUUGAAUGCGUAAUUGUUAAGCGUAUCUGGGCAGGGAA